GGAGACGAUUUUAUAUGUUACACACAUUCUGUACUCUGUAAACCGUGUGUGUCGUGCACAUUUGUGUGCUCUCCGAAGCAUCAUCAUCGAGGAAACUAUAAUAAUUUGUGUAUUUAUCUCAUAGUUAACUAAUAAACUGCUCGCUGCAUAAAAGAGCUAUCUUUUGACGACGUCGUCGGAAGUUUAGUUCAGCUUGCACAAAUUUUGUCCAACCAACUGGUUCCACUACUGCGGCUGCUGGACAAACGCUGAAUCAACCGCACCGGAUGUCUUCUUCUUCUAGGAAUUAAGAUAUCAGCAACAACGCCAAGCAGGAGCCUGGUGACCUGGUGCAACGAAGUGAAGAUAUAAAUUAGCCUAGUUCCAUUCCACUUCCAACUAAUUACCUUUAUUCUUCGUCUUGCUGAUAUCAAUUAAACCGCAAGAAAGAAAUUGACCGUUAGACUGACUAAAGAAAUAUGAGGGAAUACAAGAUUGUCGUUUUAGGAAGUGGGGGUGUCGGCAAGUCUGCCCUUACUGUCCAAUUUGUUCAAGGAAUAUUCGUGGAAAAAUACGAUCCUACCAUCGAAGACAGUUACAGAAAGCAAGUUGAGGUGGAUGGUCAACAAUGCAUGCUAGAAAUUCUCGACACUGCCGGAACUGAACAAUUCACCGCCAUGAGGGACCUGUAUAUGAAGAAUGGCCAGGGUUUUGUCUUAGUUUAUUCAAUUACUGCCCAGUCCACAUUUAAUGACCUUCAAGAUCUAAGGGAGCAAAUUCUUAGAGUCAAGGAUACAGACAACGUCCCAAUGGUAUUAGUAGGUAAUAAAUGCGACUUGGAAGAUGAACGCGUCGUUGGCAAAGAUCAAGGGUCAACUCUAGCUCAUCAGUUUGGGUGCACGUUCCUGGAGACUUCCGCUAAGGCCAAAAUCAAUGUUAAUGAUAUAUUUUACGACUUAGUGCAACAAAUUAACAAGAUUUCUCCUGCGACGAAACAGAAAAAGCCGAAGUCGGGAAGCAAAUGUACCCUGCUGUAAGAAACCUAUUACUGAUUUUCCAUAUUUGCACUUUUUCAACCCUGUUUGUAUCCAUUAGACAAAUAAUAUAAAUUGUUUAUGAGAUAUAAUUACUAUAUGAUGCUUAUUAUAUUAUUAUUAUUAAAUAUUAUUAUUAUCAUAUAUUACUAAAUGUUAUGUUCAGUAUAUAGUUGCUCACAAUAAAGGACCUUGCGAGUAUUUAAUUUUAGAAUAGAAUUUGUAAGAGAAAGAGCCAGGCUAUACCCUACGUAAGUAAACUACUAGAACGUAAAUAAACGCUAUUCCAGUACAAUCAA